UUCACAAUGUUAGUAUCCAAUCAAUUUACAUUUGGACCACUCAUCUUUUCAAGAUUUUACUUGAUGUCCACCUACAAAAAUGUCAUGGCCCAUCUGUACUGGGGCCACCAGAUUGGACGGUCAAGAUCAAUGAAAACAAACAUCUCAUGUUGGACAACAUUCCAAAGUAUCGUAUCAAUCCCCUCUAAAAAAAACCAGCCCUGAAAAGAAUAUAUAUAUAUAAAUAAUCUCCUUUCACUGUCUAGACCCUCCAAAGUCAAUGCUAAAACCCCUCAAUUCCCCUUCUUCACUUCUCUUCCAUUGAUCCAUCACCAUGCCAUUUGAAGGAGGGCCAGACCCGAACCCGCCCACCGCUGAUCACAUCCUCGACUGGAUUGAAGAUUCCAUCUCUUUCCUCCCAUCUUUCCCCGGCGAUCCUUACAACUCCCAUGAAAUUAACAGCGACCACUGGUGGGAUCAAGAUCUCAUUGAUGCCACCUCCCUCAACAGGUCUCCCAUCCUCAUCCCCGAUCCACCGGCACCACCCGAACUGUCGAAGAAACGGAAACAGCCCAACAACUUGACCCCCCAACCAACCCAUCAACAACGCCACAGAAACCAAGCUGAAACUCUUGGUGGGGAGGAGAACAAUAACAACAUCGCAGCACAAGGAACGCAAAGAAAAACCGUCGCCACACAGAAAAGACCAACAGCCAGGACUAACGGCAAUCAAUCUCAAAACAACAAUGCCCACAAGGAUGCAAGGUGGGCCGAACAAUUGCUCAACCCUUGUGCACUAGCAAUAGCUGCCGGCAACCUCUCACGCAUCCAACACCUCUUAUAUGUCCUCCAUGAGCUGGCCUCCCUUUUUGGCGACGCCAACCACCGGCUCGCGGCUCACGGCCUCCGUGCCCUUACCCGCCAUCUCUCCUCUUCAGUGUCAAUCCCCACCACAGGUAGCUUGAGCAUCAUCGCCCCAACAUUCGCCUCGACCGAACCGCGUCUCUUCCAAAACUCCCUUAUCAAAUUUCAUGAACUUAGCCCUUGGUUCUCCUUCCCCAACUCCCUUGCCAACACAUCCAUCCUCCAAACACUGGCCACAGAUCCCAAUCCCCGCCGCAAUCUCCAUAUCCUAGACAUCGGCGUCUCCCACGGCGUCCAAUGGCCGACACUACUUGAAUCCCUCACUCGCCGCACCAGUGGCCCUCCACCACUCGUCCGCCUCACUGUCGUUGCUGCUGCUGAAAACCCUCCCUCAUUCUCUGCCGGUCCACCCGGCGACGACUACCCCUCUCGCCUCCUCCGGUUCGCCAAACGCAUUGAACUCAACCUCAGAAUCGACCGCAUUGAGAACCACCCCUUACAAGCUCUUACUCCUCAAAUCCUCGGAGUCGCCUCUCGUGAGGAAGAAACCCUGAUCGUUUGUGCCCAAUUCCGCAUCCACCAGCUGCCGCACGAGGACCCUGCUGACCGGACAGAGUUCCUGCAACGGAUUAGAGAUCUAGAGCCGGAUCUGGUGGUGCUAACCGAGAACGAGGGGGACUGCAGCUGCUGCAGUUGUGGAGAUUUUGCGACAGGGUUCCCGCGACGAGUGGAAUUCCUAUGGAAGUUCUUGGACUCGACGAGCGUGGCGUUUAAAGGGAGGGAGUGCGAGGAGAGAAGAGUGAUGGAAGGGGAGGCUGCGACAGCACUUUCGAGUAUGGCGGAGAUGAGUGAAGGGAAGGUGACAUGGUUUGAGAGGAUGAGAGGGUUAGGGUUCGAAGGGGAGGGUUUUGGGGAGGAGGCAAUCGAAGGAGGAAGGGCAUUGCUCAGGAAGUACGAUAACAAUUGGGAGAUGAGAUCGGAGGAAAAGGGAGAAGGCUGCAUUUGGUUGUGUUGGAAAGGGCAGCCGGUCUCAUUUUGCUCGCUGUGGAAGCUGCCCACUAAGAAAAGCUAAUGGUCUCCCCCACCAAUCAUUCAUCCAUUUGUAUGUCCAUCUCAUCCAUCUGUCCAUACACUAUCUGCUUUGGGGUGACAAGUGAGAACCGAGCAGAAGCCCAUGUCCCACACAUGGAGGUUUUGCAGGCUGCUUUACCAGUAGGGGUUCUUCCUUCUAAGUCUCAGGAACAAGCCUAUAUUGCCUGGGUUUUAUGUGGAGUCAAUGUAAAGGUUGUGUGGAUUCAAAUUCUAAGGAGGUUUUAAGCUAGUUUGUAUACAAUUUUGCUGAAAUGAGCCUUUCAGGCCCCAUGUUUUCCUA